UCUCGGGUGAAUCCAAAGAAGAAGUUGACUCUUGCCUCCCUGCCAUCCGUCACUCUCACCCGGAGACUGGCUCGCUGCUUUGCGGCCCACCAGCGUCCUGUCCUCUGGAGCUUUUCUUCUUUUUUUUAUUUGGCAGCUGUGGCCUCAUGGAUGAGCUGGUACAUGACUUAGCCUCAGCCUUGGAGCAGACAUCUGAGCAGAAUAAGCUUGGUGAGCUGUGGGAGGAGAUGGCCCUGAGCCCUAGGCAGCAGAGGCGGCAGCUUCGGAAACGCCGAGGCCGGAAGCGCCGGUCUGACUUUGCUCACCUGGCAGAGCAUGCCUGCUGCUUCAGUGAGGCCUCUGAGUCAAGUCUGGACGAGGCCACCAAGGACUGUAGAGAAGUGGCUCCGCGCACCAAUUUCAGUGACUCUGAUGACACCGUGGUGGUCAAACGGCACCCAGCUCUCAGCACCAUCAUUAGGAGUAAGCAGCAUACUUGGCAUGAAUCUGACUCCUUUACAGAAAAUGCACCUUGUCGACCGCUCCGGCGCCGAAGGAAGGUGAAGAGGGUAACAUCAGAGGUGGCUGCCAGCCUUCAGCAGAAGCUGAAAGUGUCAGAUUGGAGCUAUGAGAGAGGCUGCAGGUUCAAGUCUGCCAAAAAACAGCGUUUGUCCCGCUGGAAGGAGAAUACUCCUUGGACCUCAUCAGGCCAUGGGGUGUGCGAAUCAGCAGAAAAUAGGACUUUCCUUAGCAAAACAGGAAGGAAAGAAAGGAUGGAGUGUGAAGCAGAGGAACAGAAGCAGGGCUCUGAUGAGAACAUGUCAGAAUGUGAAACUAGCAGUGUAUGCAGCAGCAGCGACACAGGGCUCUUCACCAAUGAUGAAGGACGACAAGGGGAUGAUGAGCAGAGUGAUUGGUUUUAUGAAGGAGAAUGUGUCCCAGGAUUCACAGUCCAUAACCUUCUGCCCAAGUGGGCUCCUGACCACUGCACUGACGUAGAAGGAAUGGACUCCGGACUGGAUAAACUCUCAGAUCCCACGUUCCUUUUGCCUUCCCGGCCAGCUCAGAGAGGAUACCAUGCUCGUCUGAAUCGGUUGCCAGGAACUGCAGCUCGGUGCCUUAGGAAGGGGCGGAGAAGGCUGGCUGGGAAGGAGACCAGCAUAAGCAAUCUGGGAACUGAGAGGAUAAGCCAUAUCAUCAGUGACCCCUGGCAGAAAGAUUUCUGGUUACCAUCAGCUGGGAAAAGAGAACGAAAUCAGUUGAAUCCUCUCUCUCCUCUUUACUCCCUGGAUGUUCUUGCUGAUGCUCCUCAUCGAAGAUGUUCACCUGCACACUGCUCUGCCAGGCAGGCAAGUGUACACUGGGGACCACCAUGUUCACGUGACAUUAAGAGGAAACGGAAACCUGUGGCCUCAGCAUCUUUAUCUAGCCCUAGUUCAGUGCCCCCAGAUGCGCUGGAGCCAGCCACCCCAGCACAGAAGCCUCCCAACUCCGAGUGGUUGGACGGGACCCCUGCAGCAGAGAAAGCCGCUGCCUCCGCUCCAGCCACAGUUUUCAAAAUGCCGCCUGAAAAGAGUUCUGGAUGCAGCUAGAGCCCAGGAGCCGAUGGGUGUUGAGACUUUGUACUGUACAGUCAGCGUUCUAAUCGGCAUUCCUGGUUCCUUCCACCACCAGGACCGACUCCUCUUCACGUGCAACAGUCACCUUUUCUUCUAGAAAAUUAUAUUUGAGGAAUCUUUUUUCUUAUAAAAUAUUAGUUUUCCUUAA